UGGGUUCACAUUGAGCAUCCAUCAAGCUUCACGUUUUUGAUUUUGUUUCUACCGGAUUUGAACAUCUCAUACUAACUAACACUGGAUGGAGAGCAUCUGUUAAUAUCUGCUUUGAAGUCUUGUUAGAAAUUCUCUGUUAGACUUAGGGCUGGACUUUGACUGGGCCAUUCUGAAAUGUUAAGGUUUUCCUCUGGGAUUGUCUUGGACUUAACUCCAUCCAUCUGCUCAUCAGUUCUGAACUGCUUCCCUGAUCCUGCUGAAGAAAAGCAUGAUGCGGCCACCUCCAGUGUUAGUUAGUCCUCAUGAACUCUCUACAUUCAUGAGGACUAUCCAGUGUUAGUUUUCAUGUGGACAAGUUUAAGUGGUGUGAAUUUUGAUGGUAUACUUCAAUGUUCAGACAUGACCCACAACAUUUGAAAGCACCCCAUGGUGCUCUGAGAUUUAAGGCUGCCGUGUAAAGUGAGAGGAAGCAGCUGGUGUUAUUUUAAACAUAUGAAGGGUGACGGCAACACCCAGCUCUGAAGGAUUCAUUUUUUUAUUCAUGCAGCCCUUUUCUGGAGAGCAAGAUGUUUAGUCUCUGGGGUUUGGUGGCGUUUCUGUGUCUUCAUCAGAGAACGUUCUGCAGUGUCUUUCAAACGUCACGUGUGAACGUGAAAUACGGAGAUCCUGCUGUACUGCACUGCGAUGGCUCAGGCUUGAAAGGAGAAGGGUUAGUGCACUGGGAGCUGAGAGGGGAGGAUGUGGUAAUUCUACGAGAAGAAGUACAAGUUUCUGAAAAAUUUCAGGAUCGGGUUGAGCUGCCCUCAGAGGAGCAGGUGAGGGAAGGGAACUGGUCUAUGGUCCUCAGAGAAACCAGACUCAAAGAUGCUGAUAUGUAUGAGUGCAUCUUUGGAGGAGCAACUACCAUAUCAAUUGUCUGGCUCUUAGUCAGUGAGCCCCAUGUUGACCCGCUCAUCACUGCGUUUGAGGGAACUCAGGUGGACCUAGCUUGCUUCAUUAGACCUGAGAGAGAAAACAUAAAGCGUUUUUAUUGGACUUUGAAUGGCAGAUUUCUCAUUCAACAUGACCACCAAACCCUCAGCGUAACGACGUAUGAGUUUCCUAAAUCAAUUCAAGUUAAUGAAGAAGAAUUUCAUCUUUAUUUGAAACCAACUAGGAAUGAUAGUGGGAAGUACCAGUGUUGGUAUUCAACUGGGGAGUCUGGCAGUCCUAAACUUGCAUUACCAGAAAGCUACACACUAACUGUGGUUGGGAUAACCACUGAUUCUGGUAAUCUUCAUUCCUUUACCAUGGCAGAGCCUACAGACACGCUGCCCCCUUCAAAAACAGAGUAUGACAUGGAAGAAAAAAAAAAAAUGUCUGAGGAAGUUCUGCUAGAGGUGACAACUGCUGCAAGGGCAACAGAAACACCGACUGAUCAUCUUCUAGUUAUCUUGGAAAUGUCCACUCAGAAAAUGGAAGAAUCUGUUGAGACAUCCUCAGUACAAGCUACCAGAACAUCCCGGCAGAUGGUGACCCUCCUUUCAGAGCAGGUGAAUGCUGCUGAAGCCACUGAGCUGGAAGACUCCACCCACCUGAUUCAAGAUGAUGGGAAUCUGCUUCCCAGUGAUCUCACACAGCAGACGGAGACCUUUGAGGACAAAGAGACAUUUUCAGAUGAGGAUGACCUGGAUGCAAGUUGGAGCGUUUUCCAGCUUGGGGAUUUUCCAUGGGUUCGCAUUGGAAUCAUUGGUGGAGUUCUGCUGAUCACAGCCGUGGUUCUGUGUGUUCUCAGAGCUCUGCACCAUAUUUAGUUGGCAGGAGGGGACAUGGAUCACCGCUUACCAUGUUCAGUUUAGUUAGGGGUGAAUCAGUUGAACAGUGGCCACGGCAACCAACACAGCAUCUGCAUGGGAAUAUUUGGGAACUGCAGAAACAGUCGUGUGGAAUUUCUGAAACACAUUAUGUGAGCCAAGAGCAUAUUCACGUUUACAGAUUCAAAUUCUUCUGACAUUAGCAGGUGAUGUAAAGACGUCCCAGAUGAUUUUGAAGAUCUGGAUGAUGUGGAGUGUGGCUGCUUUUAUUUUAAUCACAGCUGUGAUUGAAGUAAAUGAAAAUCUUUCUUUCUAA